GCCCUGCUGCUACGGCGGUCCCUCCGAUUCGAAACAGCAAUAAUGGCGCCUACCAGCCAAACCUAGGCCCUUAAUUUCUUCUCUCUCUCUCUCCUCCUCCUUCUUCUUCUUCAUGGCGUCCGCCAAUAGCACCUUGCCAUCGCCGGGCCGUCGGAACCUUCGUCGACUCUUACGCUUCCGAAAGCCCGCAGUCACUUCUGCCGAUCAAAACGCUCUGACAUUGCCUUCCUCCUCUCGACCACCUCCUCAGACGGAGACCACUGACAGAGACAGAAGGAAAAGUUUCGCUUCCCCGACUUUCCUAGGCCUCGGUUGCGCCUCGUCGGCUUCGUCCCAGGCAUGCGCCCCUGGAACUGCCGCUGCCGCCGUUCGCUCGUCGGCGGAUUGGCAAGGAAAGCGAACUUUGCGGCGGAGGACCAAGAAGAAAAAUAAGGAGAGGCAUUCGUCUACCCUUGUGGCUCCGGUCGCAGACGUGUGGUGUGCCCCUGGCAUUGCCCUCGCAGCAGUUGAUGACUCGGUGGAUUGCGUGGUCUCACAACGCGAUGUGGUUGGAAGAGGGUUCAGGCGUGACGCAGAGAGGGCUUUGAGGGAGCGGACUUCUUCUGGUAGGGGCUGCAACAAUGAACAGAUCUCAACAUUGGCGGAUUCAUUCUCUUCUCUCCAAGCAUCCCUCUUUGGAUCAGAUCUCAUACCAUCUCGACACUAUAGUCAUGUGCGAGGAUACUACUGCCGUCCUCCUGUGGGGCUUCAAGAGAUUAUGUUGUUUGAAAAUAGAAUCUCCUUUGGACGAGGGGAUUCAUUUGACCAUUACAGGAAUUGGCGACUUGAUGUAGACAAUAUGACAUAUGAGGAGCUUCUUGAACUUGGUGAUAAAAUUGGACAUGUUAGCACUGGAUUGAGGGAAGAAGAAAUUGCUUGUCUUAUUAAAAAAGUGAAGCACACAAUUUUUGAUAGGCAUUUCUCUAGUGAGAUGGAACGAAAGUGUAGCAUUUGUCAGGAGGAAUUUGAAAUGAAUGUUGAGGUGGGAAAGCUGGGCUGUGGCCAUAGUUAUCACCCGUGCUGCAUAAAGAAGUGGCUUCUUCAGAAGAACGCAUGCCCUGUCUGCAAGACGACUGUUAGUAAAACCUGAUUCAGCUUAACAGAGUAUUUCUACAGAAUUCUGCCUUACCUUGCGCAUCAUCUCUUCUGCAACAUGUAUAGCUACUGUCUUAAAAGAUAAGCAUUCAAUCAUUUCGUUUUUUUUUUAGCUUCACUUCUGAGAAAAUUAAACCGUUAUAGAAGCGUGAAUUGACGAGAUUAUGAUACUCAUAUUGUUCAUAUUA